AUGACGAAGGUGGUACCUGUGAUGGACGAUGAAGGUAAUUUUCACGAUGAUGAUGAUGGAGAUCAUGAGAAGAUAAAGGUUUGUGUGAAUGUGAAAAUGGAGAUGGUGAUGAUGUUUAAGGCCGAUCGAUUGAUGAAAAAUGGUAAUGUGGUGGUAUUAUGGUUUGUUGUUAUGGCGUGGAAAUGGAAAUUGAGAAGCAGAUGGAAGGUUGAUGGAAGGACUGUGAUAAAAACGGUGAGGCAGAGAGGGAUGAAGAAAUUUCGAUGGAGGAGUAGAGGUAGCUGUUGGCAAUUAAGAACGAAGAAGAAAAUGGAUUCCCCCAAUUUAUUACCUGAUCUCUCUGCUCUUUUCGUUUUUGUUCCCCCUUUUCUAUAA